GCCCUCCCGGCCCUGGUGCCGCUUAGGGAAGCAGGCAGAGGCCUGGGCACUGCCGAGGUGUCCGAGUGUCAACUGUCGCAGGCAAUGAGCUACAGCUUGGCAGGAUUCGCGGUGUCUGAGUCACUUCCCCUUCGCGGGCCAGCGCUUGCUGGCUUUCCCUGAGCUCCCGGGGACUCCCAGGAUCGGGAAGGGCGCAGAAGAAACGGAAGCUGGCAAGGAGACUGAGUGACGGCUGAGCACUGCCAGCCCCACCUUCCCGACCAGCCUCUGCACGGGGCUGUGGCACCCGUACUUAUUGGCCAGCAGGGACUCCUCCAGGCAGAGUGACCUUGGCUGUCCCAGAGCCCCUGCCAGCAAGUGUCCCGCGCCACAGGGCAGGGCCUGCGAGGUGACUAAGGUCUCGGGAAGCCAGCGCCAGCCUUCCUGCCUGCUUCCUGCCGCUGAUUCAGAGCUCCUCGCACUCCGGGCAGCUGCCGCCGGGGUUUGUUCUUGAAAACCCGGUUCCAGAUCACGGAUUGUCAGUGCAAGUCCCGGAAGCGGUGUCCAGGCCCUCGGAGAUUCCCUCCUGUCCUGGGAGUGACUUCCUCUUGUGCCAGAGUCCUCGAGGAAUCCUCAGCACAUCUGAGAUCCUGCUCUGGCCUUGGUGAUGGCGUUGAAGGGAGCCGGAGCGGAGGAGAAGGAGCUGGAGAACCACCAAGGGGAGCGCCUCGUGCGGCUCUCCAACCCCAAUGUGGCGGCCAUGCAGGAGGACGUGCUCUACCACUUCAGCCUCAGCACCAGCUCACACGACCUCCCGGCCAUGUUCGGGGACGUGAAGUUUGUGUGUGUGGGGGGAAGCUCGUCUCGGAUGCUCACCUUCAUCAAAUACGUGGCCACAGAGCUGGGCCUCGGCCGCACUGGGGAUGAGUACCCCAACAUCUGCUCAGGGACUGACCGCUAUGCCAUGUACAAAGUUGGACCGGUGCUGUCUGUGAGUCACGGCAUGGGGAUCCCCUCGAUCGCCAUCAUGCUGCAUGAGCUCAUCAAACUGCUGUACCACGCCAGGUGCACCGACGUCACCAUCAUCCGCAUCGGCACCUCCGGCGGGAUCGGGCUGUCACAUCCGCUCCUCUUAUCCCCAGGUCUGGAGCCUGGCUCUGUGGUCAUCACCCGGCAGGCUGUGGACGCCUGCUUUAAGCCGGAGUUUGAGCAGAUCAUCCUGGGCAAGCGGGUGGUCCGCAGCACUGACCUGGACGAGGGGCUGGUGCAGGAGCUGCUGCGCUGCUCUGGGGACCUCAGCGAGUUCGCCACGGUGGUGGGCAACACCAUGUGCACCCUGGACUUCUACGAGGGCCAAGGCCGUCUGGAUGGCGCCCUCUGCUCCUACACAGAGAAGGACAAGCAGGACUACCUGCGGGCUGCGCACGCCGCGGGCAUCCGCAACAUCGAGAUGGAGUCCUCCGUCUUCGCUGCCAUGUGCAGCGCCUGUGGCCUCCGAGCGGCCGUGGUGUGUGUCACCCUCCUGGACCGGCUGAAAGGGGACCAGAUUAGCAGCCCGCACGAGGUGCUAGCCGAGUACCAGCAGCGGCCGCAGCGCCUGGUGGGCCACUUCAUCGGGAAGAGUCUGGGGCGGGCCUGAGUGCCCCUCGCCACUCUCGGUCCCGGCCACCCAGGUCCCCGCCCAUGACACUGCCGUCCAGGUCCCCUUGGCGUCCCCCGGAGCACACUGCACGUGAGGAUCUGGGGAACAGUUUGCAGUUCAGAGGAGAGGAAUCCUCGCCGAUCACCCACACGGGACGUCAGCAUUAGCACGUUUCAGUGACUUUAUCUUGCUUUCCAGAUUUUUUUAUUUUUUUCAGAACUUUGGGCUGAAUCUGAACUCUUGUUAGGGAAAGAUGUGAGGAUUUUAAAAUUUGAUACAAUUCAUGUGAAUAAAGAGGGAAUU